AUGGAGGUUGUGCAGGAAGCCGCAGAGGGACCCCAGCUGCUGCAUUUGGGGGCUGGGGUCAUUGCUCUGCUGUUGACAGUUGUGGCUGCGUGCUCCCUGCCCUGCCUGGUGGAUUACUGGAGGCAAUGGUGGGUGACGAAGCCGAUCCCAGGUAUCAGCCCUUGCUAUCCCGUGCUGGGAAAUGCUCUACUCCUGGAGCGGGAGGGACGAGCUUUUUUUAAGCAACUACAAGUUUACGUUCAAGAGUUCAGGAGUUUGCCAUUGUUCAAACUUUGGCUAGGACCGUUGCCUGUCGUGAUUUUGUAUCACCCUGACAAUGUGGAGGUUAUUCUGAGCAGUUCAAAACAUAUAGAAAAAUCAUACUUGUACAAAUUUCUGCAGCCCUGGCUGGGUACUGGACUUCUGACAAGCACUGGAGGCAAGUGGCGGUCACGGAGGAAGAUGAUAACUCCCACAUUCCACUUCGCAAUCUUAACUGACUUUCUAGAGGUUAUGAAUGAACAAGGAGGUAUUUUGUUGGAGAAACUUGAGAAGCAUGUUGACAAGGAACCAUUUGAUGUCUUUAUGGACAUUACUCUGUGUGCCCUUGAUAUCAUCUGUGAAACAGCAAUGGGCAAGAAUGUGAGUGCUCAGAAGAAUAAGAAUUCUGAGUAUGUUCAUGCUAUCUACAGGAUGAGUGAUCUAAUACAACAGCGACAGAAGAGCCCUUGGCUUUGGCCUGAUAUUGUAUAUAUGCUGUUCAAGGAAGGAAGAGAGCAUGAGAGGAACCUCAAGAUCCUUCACAAUUUUACAGAUACAGUCAUUGCAGAAAAAGCUGCAGAACUUGAAAACACCAAGCAAAUGAAAUGUGACAUUGAUGGCAACUGUGAAGAAAGUGGCUUCAAAAAGAGAAAAGCUUUCCUGGACAUGCUGCUGAAUGCAACAGAUGAGGAAGGGAACAAAUUGAGCUACAGGGAUAUUCGUGAGGAAGUGGAUACUUUCAUGUUUGAGGGCCAUGACACAACAGCAGCUGCUAUGAACUGGGCCCUGUACUUACUUGGACAUAAUCCAGAAGCCCAGAAGAAGGUUCACAGAGAACUGGACGAGGUGUUUGGCAACACUGAGCGUCCUGUUACAAUGGAGGAUUUGAAGAAGCUUCGAUACCUUGAGUGUGUAGUGAAAGAAGCUCUUCGGCUCUUCCCUUCAGUUCCGCUCUUUGCCCGUGUCUUGAGAGAGGAUUGCUGUAUUAGAGGAUAUCAGAUACCAAAAGGCACAAAUGUUAUUGUCAUAACUUAUGCCCUGCACAGAGACCCAGAGAUCUUCCCUGACCCAGAGGAGUUCAGGCCCGAGCGAUUCUUCCCAGAAAAUUGUAAGGGAAGGCACCCAUAUGCUUAUGUGCCCUUCUCUGCUGGUCCCAGGAACUGCAUUGGUCAGCGCUUUGCACAAAUGGAGGAGAAAGCUCUUCUAGCCCUCAUCCUGCGGCGCUUUUGGGUGGACUCAUGUCAAAAGCCAGAAGAGCUUGGUAUAACUGGAGAACUGAUUCUUCGUCCAAGUAAUGGCAUCUGGAUUAAGCUGAAGAGGAGGCCAAACAUUGGAUCAGAAUGAAAGGAAAUUCAAGAUUUUAUUUUUCCAAAAACUUCCAAGCUCUUUAGGCUGAGAUAUGCUUUUAAAUCAGAUAUUUUGAUGGCAGUGCAGCAACUUGUUGAAACUAAA